AUGGGGGCUGCCUUGCGCACAUGCACUGCUUCUACACAUGUGCAAAAGGGUCGGCCGAUGGGCGCGACGUUCAAGGAUAAAGUUGGAGCACUUCCGAAUCCGGAUGAUGGACUCGGUAUCGGGUUCAACAGCGUGUUUGAGAAUGUGACGAUGGAUGAUGGCUCACUUUCCGACCCCAAAGGCGGUUACAAUCAUAUACUAGCUGCCUCCCUCCAUCUCCGAAUCAACAUUCAGGGGAGAAAAUUGCAGAUUAGCGAUUACUUCCUAUGCCUAGCAUGGUGCUCCGCAGUUGUAACUGCGUCAUUCGAUAUCCAAUUCACUGUGAUGGGCGCUUUACAUCAAAACAUCAAAAUCAAUCUCGAUGGCUUCGAUGGAAACGACGACCAAGUUAUGUUGGUUAUGAGGCUAUUUUGGGCCAGCAGCAUACCAUUUUUUACGACUUUCUACCUCUGCAAAGGAGCUCUCCUCGCCGUUUACGUUCAGAUAUUUCCCAUUUUCAUGUAUUAUCGACGCAUGAUGCUAUGGACGGCUAUAGUAUAUAUUGGGCUGGCGUACCUGGUCAGCAUUAUCCUGCUUUUCACUGUUUGCCUGCCCCUGAGUAAGAACUGGUCUGUCGAAGAUCGGGUUGUGGGAACAGAGAAUGUCAUGUGCUCGGCUUCAUCUCCCGCCAUUGUUUUCCAAGUCGGCUGGGCGUUGCAUUUCUUUGGAGACAUCUUGAUUUUCUGUCUCCCGUGGCUCAUCUUACCUGAUUUGAAGAUCAAGAGAGCUCUCAAAAUUGGCGUUUACUGUACAUUUGGUCUCGGCAUCAUCAACAUGACCUUUUCUCUCGUCCGCUUCAUCACCAUUCAGACUGCAUCAGUCGAUGCAUUGCCUUUCGGUUUAGUCGAACUUUGGAGCGAGCUGGACGUCAACAUCGGUCUUUUAGUUGCGACAUUACCAUGUCUCAGACCGUACUUCCGAUCGAACCGAAGAGCUGGCUAUUCGGACAAGUCGAACGGUUACAACUACAAAUCAACCGUGAAAACGCUACAAAUAACACGCAUGAGUAGAUUCGAUGUCGUCAGCGAGCCAGCAUACGACCUCAAUGUCGACCUUGAGCAUGUGGCGGCUUGCUCAACCACUACCCAUUCACACAAGUCUAGCGAGACUGUGUAG